CUUGAGGAUGAGUUCAUCAACUACCUUGUGCCUCUGCUCCAACUCCUACUCUUCCCCUCCAACUAUCAAAUUUAUAUUCAAAUUUCCCUCCAAAUCCCAACAUUCCUCUCUCUCAAUGCUCGGAUUUGGCGCCAAAGGCCUCAAAAUUUCCUCUGCCUUCAUCACCAACCAAGGUUCAGAGAAAAUUGGCCGUUGCAAUUUGAAUAAGAGGAGAGAACUGCUUUUUACGGCCACGCUUCCGUUUAUUCUGCCUUUGCAUGAAUUUGUUGUGGAACUUGAUGCUAAAGCGAUAGAGUCAGGUACAAGUGAGUAUGUGCUUAUGAAAGAAGCGGUUACGAAGGUAAUCUCAAAGGGCAAGGCGGCUGGUGUACUUCGUCUUGCAUUUCAUGAUGCAGGAACAUUUGAAAUGGAUGAGAAUUCAGGUGGUAUGAAUGGUUCUAUAGUUUACGAACUUGAAAGAACUGAAAAUGCAGGCCUUAAAAAGUCGUUGAAGGUUCUAGAGAAAGCAAAGAAUGAAGUGGACGCAAAACAGCCAGUAUCAUGGGCAGACAUGAUUGCUGUGGGUGGGGCUGUUGCAGUUUCAGUUUGUGGAGGUCCAACAAUCCCAGUUUCCCUGGGCAGAGUAGAUUCGACGGUGGGCGAUCCAGAAGGAAAACUUCCUCAAGAAUCUCUGGAUGCUUCUGGUUUAAAGAAAUGCUUUCAAAAAAAAGGCUUCUCAACACAAGAACUUGUUGCUUUAUCUGGAGCCCAUACUCUUGGAAGUAAAGGUUUUGGAAAUCCAGUUGUCUUUGACAAUUCAUACUAUAAAAUUCUUUUGGAAAAACCAUGGCAAUCCACUUCUGGUAUGUCGAGCAUGAUUGGACUCCCUUCAGAUCGUGCACUUGUUGAGGAUGAUGAAUGCUUGAGAUGGAUCACAAAGUAUGCUGACAAUCAGAAUGUCUUCUUUGAAGAUUUCAAGAACGCUUACAUUAAACUAGUGAACUCUGGUGCAAGUUGGAAACGCUUGUGAUAAUAUUUUAUUUACUGAAUAUACUUACAGGAAAGGGAAGUCUCCAUAUUUGAUCAUGAAUUGUAAUUAUGAUUCUUUCCUUCUUAUUAGAUUUUAUAUUUUUCUGAAGUGCUUAAAUGGGGCUUUGAUGAUAUUCAAACGGGCCUAGCUUUGCAACCAAUUGAUAAUUUACUUGAA